AUGCACGAGGCGGAGCUGAUGACGUCAUCACGGGCAGACAUACUCGGCCGCAUGAUGGAGCUGCAAGUGGAACACCGCGCGGGGAAUGUGAUAGUGUGGACGCCAGGUGUGCUGAAUGAUAAGAAAUUCUGCUGGGCCCACAAUCAACAGAACAUGAGCGGCAUCGCGCGAUUCCUCGAUGACUACGUUGACACCCAUGGCCGUGCUGAAGAUGGAUCAGCCCGACCUGAAUGGCGUGAUCAGUUCCGCUUGGUUGGCUAUAGCUCUUGCCGUGAUUUUCCAUCAGGUAUGCAGAUUGCCUUGCAGCAGAAGGGGCAUGCGGCAGAAGAAGGGCAAGGUUUGGCUAUCGUUGACGAAGAGUGGCAGGGGAUGAACCAGCUUGCGCAGGUUCGGGGUUAA